GCUUCUUGAGAUAAAAAAAAUUAUCUCAAAAGAGCGAUGGCACAACCACCUCCCAAUAUCACCAAAAAGUUGGAAGGCAAAGUUGCCAUCAUAACAGGUGGUGCCCGUGGCAUAGGCGAGGCAACUGCUCGACUUUUUGCCAACCAUGGUGCCAAAGUUGUGAUCGCUGACAUCCAAGAUGAAGAGGGCCAAACCCUGGCCGAAUCAAUUGGCUCAAAAACCUGCAGCUAUGUCCAUUGCGAUGUAGCUGAUGAAGAGCAGGUCAAGAAAAUUGUCGAUUCAACUAUCCAUACCUAUGGCCAACUAGAUAUCAUGUUCAGCAACGCAGGAGUAUUUAGCAAGUCAAAACAAUUGGUGAUCGAUCUUGACUUUGCAGGACUUGAUCGAAUCAUGGCCAUCAACGUACGAGGCACGGCGGCAUGUGUAAAACACGCAGCGAAAGCGAUGGUGGAAAGGGGAGUAAAGGGUAGCAUAGUGUGCACGGCGAGUUUAGCAGCCACCACGGGCGGAGAAAGUUGGACUGAUUAUUACAUGUCAAAACAUGCUAUUUUGGGGCUGAUGAGAUGUGCUAGUAAGCAGCUAGGGCCGCAUGGGAUUAGGGUCAACACUGUUUCACCAUUUGCUGUUGCUACACCGCUGGCGUGCAGCUCUUUUCAGAUGGAUGCUGAGGAAUUUGAGAAGUUUCAUCAGCCUCUUUCUUGCUUAAAAGGAACUAUAUUGAAAGUUAAUCAUAUUGCUGACGCUGCUUUAUUCCUUGCCUCUGAUGAUUCUGCAUUUAUCACAGGGCAUAAUCUGGUGGUUGACGGUGGAUGUACGGUUUGAUUAUCGAUUAUCAUCGCAACAGAUGUUUGUACUUUUCUAUUUUUUGAGUUAAUUUUGUGAGUAGGUGAAUUACUUCUUUUGUGAAAGACAAUAAUAAUAACUUAUUAUUAGGAGAUGAGGAUCACUUUAAUGUAAGGAGAUUAAUCUUAUGUUUAUGUAGUUUUCUCUCUUUUGUUCGAAUAGUAAGGUUAGUAGGAAGAUUGUAGCUAAAGCUCACGCUUUAGCCAAUGUAACCAGAGUUUCAUAA